UUAAAUAUCCAUGACCAUCAUCAUCAUCAUCAUCAUACAUUACUUUGCUUUCUAAAUUUGCCUGACUGAGAAAACUAAAAGGAAAGACCAAAUACCCUUCCGCCAGCCUACAUUCAUGGAUGUUCCCAGUUCCGUUAAAGAUAAGGCGGAAGGUGUUGAGGCGGAGCUGGAACAGUUGCAGAAAGAGAACGCAGCUCUUAGGUUAAUGCUUCAAGUAAUGAGAAACAAAUACAAAAUGCUUAGUGAAGCCUAUUUCAGGGAAUCAAACUCUCAGGUACCAACAAUCUGCCGAGGCUUAACGCGAUUUGAUUUGUGCGAAGAUCAGCACUCCCACAAAAAUAUCCUAAUACCUCAACUUCAGUUAGCAGCAAAUUCCUCACAAGUUUUUGUGGAAACUGACCCUAGGGACGAAAGCCAUAUAGUUAAAGAUGGAUUUCAAUGGAGGAAAUAUGGCCAGAAAGUUACUAAACAUAAUCCUUUUCCCCGAGCUUAUUUUAGGUGUUCAAUGGCUCCCGGAUGCCCUGUCAAAAAGAAGGUUCAGCGAUGCAUGGAAGACAAGAAUUUCUUGAUGGUAACAUACGAAGGACAACACAACCAUGAAGUUAAUCCUUCAAUAGGACAAUCUUUGUCUUCCCCCAGCAGCUCCGCCACGACAUCCAUCUCCGGUUUUCCCAAUUCAGUUCUUGAUAACCCGUUACGAUCCGCCAUCGAUCUUGAUCUCAAUCUUUCAAGCGAAAACAGCAGCGGCAACGGCAACGGCAACGAUGACGAUUAUAACAACAAGAGAUCAAUGGAAGACCAUAUUGCAGCAUCCUUAGCAAAAGAUCCUAGCUUCACUCUAGCUUUAGCCGCAGCUGUUGCUCGCUCUUUUACUGAGCACCCUAAACCACCAACAAACUAAAAUAACAUUUCUUUAAAGCAUUAGGUUAAGGUGUGUAUGUGUACUUAAUUCAAGUUGGUCUUUGUUGUCAUUCAUAUUCUUGAAGCAAUUGAGGGAGCAAAUAUAAAAUAACUCCAGAAAUAAAAGGGAGGGACUUAAUUGAAGAAAACAAAA